AUCAGUUCUCGAUAUCGAUAAAACCUCCCGGCCCAGUGUGUAACAGGGAUGUUUACCCUUGGUUCAUUCCGAACGCUUGACUGUUCAUUAGAUCUGGUACACCACUCGGAACAUCUCGCCUGAUUUCAUAGACAAGCUUGAUGGCUCGUAAUGCAAAAAAAAUAAAUACACGGUAUGGGACAUGUUAAGUGAUGUUAUCGAGUAUAAAGUGGAGUUUAACAGGAUCUGAUACCAAAGGAAAAGCGCUGGGUCACCUGAGUUAUGCUGACAUAAUGUGUUGAUGGCUACCUAACCAACUUUACAACAACAUGUUCCCUGCAACCGGUUUUUUUCUGUCAAAUCCUGGCAGAUAUAUUAGUCAACAACGCUUGAAGAAUUUCUCUUUAUUUACGGUGAACAAGGUGACAGACGUCUGCAGUGUAGAUUGAACCAUCUCCGUUAGAAAACCUUGUUAACACUUAUUGGAAAGCCUUCGUUGAUCCGGACACUUUUGUUUACAUCUGAACCUGGUUUGAUGUUCCCAGGAGCGCCGCAUGUGGCCGAGUGUGUUACGUCAGCAGAUGAAAAUACAGUGCAUUGAGCAUCAUCCCUUUCUUCAGAGGUCGGUCAGAGGUCAAAGGUCACUGGUGGGCAGGAAUUAAUACAGAUCAAUCUCUAAAGGUUAUAGCAGCGGGGUCGCAGAGGUGUUUUUUGCACGACAGGCCACACCCGAUACGGCUUAUAUCACCAGUCGUUUACAGAAACCCCAAUUCAUCGCGGACCAAAUUCGUAUCGAUAUCACAUGGAUUCGGUACCAGAGAGACAGCCGUCUUUGUUCUGAACAGGAGCUAAAUGAAACAUGUAUAGUGUGUUAUAACUUCAGUGAUGUGGUCCUAAUGUCCGUACAUCAAGUGAUGUUGACCCAAUCCUCAAAACCAUGGUUUCCCCCGCCUCAACUUGGCGUUUCCAGGGAAACGUCCGCCGGCAGGUUGUCGUUUAUAGUAACGACAAAUACUACGGACUUUACCGAACAGAAUACGGAAUUCACCGAACACCAUUCCUACCUGUUUUAUGUGAAGGUGAUUCUUAUUUUCGUGAUAAUGGUGUGUACUACAUUAGGGAAUUUACUCAAUAUCGCAGUGACAUUAAAGACUAGGUCACUUAGGACUCCAUCCGGGAACUUCAUCAUUUCCUUGGCAACGGCUGACCUGAUGGUGGGAAUUCUUGUGACGUUUUCAUUUGUUUCAUCUAUACAGGACAAAUGGGCAUUUUCUGACUCAGUCUGUAAAGCUGUCGGAUUUAUAUUUUUCUACGCAACGUCUCUAUCGAUGUGGAACCUACUGGUCCUUACCAUUGACCGAUGGGUUUCGGUCACACGGCCAAUGAAGUAUGUAUCCUGGAUGACCAACCGGACUUCCUACAAAAUUAUCGGCCUUGUUUGGCUCGGCGUCCUACUUAUAGACUUCCCUAUGUUAUUACCCGGCGUCGGCGAUGUUUAUUACAUAGAGGGCGCCUUUUUAUGCAGUCCUAAUUGGCGGGUAAACUUGAUUUACACUUUCUUGCUUGUCGCGGUGCAUCUUUUACCAUCUUUUAUUCUAGUGCUAGCAUUUAACCUUAGACUCUACUGUAUUUCUAGGAAACAUGUCAAGGAAAUGGAACUUCUCCAGAUACAAAGUCAAACUGCUGUUAAGCCAUCUUCCAUAAAACCAAAAUUGGUGAUAACAACGAUAGUGAUGGCGUUUGAGAUUUCCUGGAUGCCGUUUUUAGUUGCCGAGAUUAUCCGACUUUUCUCGCCGUCUUCUAUUAGUGUACCAGUGUCAUUUAUCGUAAGCUGGGUUGCGGUUAGCAACAGUCUCAUGAAUUCUGUUAUCUACACAUGUUUGAACCGGAAGUUCCGGCAUGGCAUCGUCACACUGUUCCGGUGCAAGGACAUCGGCACAGCAGAGCUGACGGGAUAUGUUGAUAGUAAUUUCGUGUAGACAGAAUGUAAAUAGUCAGCAUGUCACAUGACGGUAUCUCGUGACACCGAGAUCAAUAAACUAUCAAUGUUAGUGAAGCGCUGUGAAUGACUAAUGUGUAAACGUCGUAACAAUGCUAUCAUCUCCUAUAUGUGUUUGUUUCUCAUGGAACCAAAGUCCAAUAAAU